AUGUCCCUGAAGCCGAGAGUUGCUGAGUUCGUCCUCGAUGGUACGCAAGGAGCAACGUUUUCCUGCCCUGUUGAGAUGGCCUAUGGGAGAUCUCAGGACUCAAACCCGGUGACCUCGUCUCUUCUUCAGUGUCAAGCAAACAUCCAUCAGUCUGACUUUUUCUUCCCGGAGAAAGACUCACCGUUGAAACCCAAAAACCCGGGUACCGACAUCUUCGUGGAACCGUCGUGA